AUGGGCAAGGGAAUUUCUCUUCAGGUGGGCGGCGAGCCUCAAUUUUGCUGUUUUGAACUGUGCGGCGUCUUGGCAGAUGAGUCGGCGCUGAAGCAGGCCUUUGAGUGCAAGGGGGCAUCGGGGCGUAUGCUCUGUAUGAUGUGCCAGACCACUUGCCACAAACGGCUGGCUCCAUCUCCCUUGCCUCCAAGGUAUGUGCUGCAUACGGAACACAACAGUGACAAUUUCACGCUGUCGACCGACCAGAGCGUCUGGGCUAUCGUUGACCACUUGCAGCAUCAAGCAGCUUUGCCCGGACUCAGCAAGAAGAAAUUCGCCGAUGAAGAGGCGCGGCUAGGAUGGAAUUAUUGCCCAGAUGGGGCGCUGCUGGACAUUCCUCUAAGAGAACACCUCAGGCCAGUCUCAGUGGCUUGUUAUGACAGUAUGCACGUGUACCUAGUGGCAGGAAUAUGGCACAGAGAAACAGGCCUUCUCAUGAAUUGCCUGCAGAGCAACGGAUUCAGGCAAGUUGCUUUACAUGAGUUCUCUACAGCUUUCGUUUGGCCUAAAAUUCACGGGGGCAAAUCCUGCUCUGCAAGGGUGGUGUUCCAAAAGCAAAAAGGAACGGAUUCAGAGUUUAAAUGCAGCAGCUCGGAUGCUCUGGCAAUUUACCCAGUACUCCGGUCAUACUUACAAAACAUGAUCCGAGACCCCCCUCAUGAAUUGCAGCUGGCCAUCAACAGCUACUAUCUCUGUUGCGACGUCCUGGAUGCCUUGAAGCCUGCAGUUGUGGGGGCCAUCACUCCAGCAGCAUGUCACGGUGACCAACACGUGCUUCCGAAGCACCACCUGGCAAUGCAUUUGGCUAUGCAGCUUCAACGACGUGGAGGAAAUGGCCGAGGAUGCUUUCAAGCCUGCAG